AUGGCGCCAUCACGAGAGAGGAACCUGCCAGAGAGGCGCAACCCACUUAUCACGGGACCGGCGCCAGACUGUAGCGAGCUCGCCGCCAAGCGUCGCCUCGGGCAGACACAAUUAACCGCCAGGAUGGUCGCGACUGUUCCUGGCGCAGCGAUCGAUCCGACCACCCUUGGUAUCUUCGACUACGCGCAUCUUCGCGCGCCCCUCCCCAAGGGCAUUGUUUCUGGUAUCUUCAAGUCGAGUCCCAACAGCUACUUUCUCAUGCGCCGCAGCCACGACGGCUUUGUCUCGGCAACCGGCAUGUUCAAGGCGACAUUCCCGUACGCCAUGGCCGAGGACGAGGAGGCAGAACGGCGGUUCAUCAAAUCUCUGUCCGAUACCAGUCCCGAGGAGACGGCUGGCAACGUUUGGAUCCCCCCCGAGGCGGCGCUAGCCCUGGCCGAGGAGUAUGGCAUUAAGCCCUGGAUCCAGGCCCUCCUGGAUCCUGCCGAGAUUCAGCUCUCGAACUCCACGUCUGAGAACAGCCCCCAGAAGAAGAUCAACGCUCCGCCCAAGUUCAUCUUCCGUGGUGCUUCCCCGACGACUUUGGUCCCGCCUACACCGACACGGAACAGCCGCAGCCGGCGGUCUGCCAGCCCCACCAAGAGCACCGCCUCGCGACGCGGCGGCCCUGCGAGCCCGCGCAAGCGUUCCACCAGGAUAACAGCCUCUCAGGUCGACGCGGCGGAGUCCUCCAGCGGCACCAGCAGCCACAAGAACUCGCUGACCAAUGGCGACAUCCCAGUUCUGGUGCCGGGCGAGCCUCUCAAGGUGGAAGACGUGAAGAUUGAAGCAGCCGAGAGAGAGCCGCUAUCGACACUUGAGCCUGUGGAGGAGGAGCCCAAGGUCAAGGUGAACAUCCAUCAAGAGAUCCAGACGGACGAGGAUGGCACAGCGGUGAAGCACACAAACUUCGAGCUGGAGGUGCCUUUUACGGCCGGAAUCCCCAGCCCGGACGACGCACGACGAAUGAUCGAGGAGGCCAGGAAUAUGGUCAAUGCCGCUGCCGCUGAGGCUGAGGCUGAGGCUGAGGCUGCCUUGACCCAGCCAAAGUCAAAGGCGGCCAAGAGCAAGCGCAAGGCGGAGGAGCUCGAGGCCGAUAACGAGGACGAGGCCGGCGCGGAGAGCAGCCUUGCCGUGCAGCCGCGUGCCAAGAGGGUAAAGACCCAGGUCGAAGUGCGCAAGCAAAAGGUCAGGAGGCGCGCCUUGUGGGGCAUCUCCCUGACGCUCGCAGCCGGGGCAGCUGGGUAA